AUUAAACUACAUAUACCGCAGUUAUAUCUGAUACUAGUGUAAACUUUUUAAAAUUGUUCAAGCCUUUUAUUAAUUUAUUUUUUAAGAUUUUGUGUUCAUUAGAAUUAUUGCACUUUUUUUGUUUGGGGAUAAUACUCUUAUAAUUUUCAAACAUUAAGAAUGACGGUUACACAAUUUGUACUCAUUUUAAUGUAUUUUUCUGCAGUGACUUUUUCAUGGUCUCCAACUAAUACUAAUUUUGUGUUCGAUUUUCAGAAAAAAAUUGAUGAAAUUAUAGAUGAUGGUGAGUUUCGCUCUAGUGGCAAAAAUGUUCAUAAACAUCAUCAAAAUAGUAAUGAUUUUGAAAAUUAUGCGAAUCGAAACCCUCAAAAUCAUGAAAAUACUAAUGAUCAGUUUGAAAAUUAUGAAAAUCAGAGACCUCACCAUCAAAACAAUAACAAUCAAUAUGAACAAUUUGAAUCAAUUGAAAAUCAACAAUAUAACUAUAAUAAUCAAAAUAACAAUAAUAAUAACCGAUAUGAAAAUAAUGGAAAUGAACCGUCUCAAAGUUAUUUACACAACUAUAAUAAUAAUAAUAAUAAUAAUGAUCAAUUUGUUAAUUUUGGAAACCAGCGUCCUUAUAAUAAUAACAGCCAACAUGUUAAUAGUGAAAAUCAAGCGGCUAAUUCAAAAUGGCCAUUUUUUAAAUCACGGUUUCCUUAUCCAGUGCAAUCACCAGUAAAUAUCGUAACUCGAAAUGCGUAUAAUGUAUCUUUACCGCCACUUAAACAUAUUGGUUAUUGGGAUGAUGAAGAAAUUUCAGUGAAUAUUACAAACGACGGACAUACUGUUUACGUAGAAUUGGCUGACUACGAAAAGGGUACACCUCUAGCUGUUACAGGAGGGCCAUUGUUUAACGAUCAUUAUAUUUUAGACCAAUUACAUUUGCACUGGGGCCAAGGAGAUGCAGGAAGUGAACACACAUUUAAUGGAAAAAGUUAUGCAGUAGAACUACAUAUAGUCCAUCAUAACGACAAGUAUCGUAAUUCCAAAGAAGCUCAACAAUAUAGCGAUGGUAUGUGUGUAGUUAGCUAUUUUGGAGAGAUUUCUGACGAGGACGACGAAGAAAUAGAAAACUUUAUUAAUGACUUAAAACACAUUACAAGACCUGGUUCGUUUAUUAUAAGGCCAGUGGGAGUAGAAUUUUAUUGGUUACGAAAGACAGCACAUCAGCGGCAUUAUUACACGUAUCCAGGAUCUUUAACCACAGAACCGUUUUCUGAAUGUGUAACUUGGAUUACUUAUAGAUCUCCGUUUAAAUUAUCUCGCAGACAACUUUCGGCAUUUAGGACGUUAAGAUCACGCAACCGUGGUGUUCUUAUUAAUAGGAAUGACAGAGAUCUGCAACCAUUUAACAAUCGACCUAUCAUUCGUGUUUGACAAUUUUAUUUAAAAUGAGUACAUUGAAUAAUUCAUUUAAUUACAAAUGUUUUCUGAGUUUAUACAUAAUAUUUUGUAAAUACACUUUUUAACACCGUUUUUAAUAA